AUGGACUGGGGGAAGGAUGAGAAAGGGGAAGAGGAGAGGGAAAGCACUCGAUCCCUGGAGCGAUUCCCUGCGGCUUGUGGGGAGGAAGAUCCGCAUUGGGGGGUCCCCAAGCCCCCUGCCCAUCCCAGCGUGUCCAUCUCGCUGGUGCCCUCGAGCUCCCAGCCCGGCCCCGGCCGCCUGCUCUGCUCCCUGAUGGAUUUCUCCCCUGCCCACAUCCAGCUGAGCUGCUCCCAGGGCCAGCAGCAGCUCUCAGGCCACGUGCUGGCCACUGCCGUGCUCCCCAGCGGGGACUGGAGCCAGCAGCUCCUGGUGCUGCUGGAAACCGUGCCUCCCCCGCUGCCCCCGGCGCUCUCCAGCUGCCAGGUGGAGCACGUCAGCCUGGAGCACCCCCUGAGCCGGCACUGGGAGAUGCCGCCAGACUCUACCCGCAGCAAGAUGCUGACAGGGAUCGGGGGCUCCUUGUUGGGCUUUGUCUUCCUGGUGCUGGAAAUUGGCUUCUACCUGUACAAGAAGUUGGAUAUUUUGAAGGAAUAAAGAAAAAUGAAAAGCCCAUCAGGCCAUACUGAAAGGAUUUCUGCCAGCUGAGGAUCCCUGUGCUUG